AUGGAGACUGAGAGGGGCUCCUUCAUCUCCCGGGACGUGGAGACCCCAAAGAAGGAGGUGCAGCUGCGGGUGACCCCUUCGGAGGUGAAGUUCCUGGACACGCUGGCCGGGAGGGUGUACCGCCUGCCGGUUACCGUACACAACCUCGGCCGUUGCAACCAGAAAAUCCGGUUUCAGGAACCACUCAAGCCACAGUUCAAACUGAUUUUGACCAAUCUGGAUAAAGCACUUGCUUCUGGACUUCAGAUGACAGCUAUGGUGGAAUACCAUCCUGAUAAGGAUGAAGACACUUAUGACCAACUACUUAUUUCAAUAGGAAAUAAAAUAAUAAAGAUCCCUCUACUUGGGUUGAUUCCAGCCUGUCAAUUGGAAAUUGAGUCAGAAGUUAAUUUUGGCACAUUGGUUGCCAAUAGCAAAGUAUAUUGUAAAGAGAUUAAUAUCAUUAAUCAUGGCAGAGCUCCAGGUACAUUUAAAACAGAAUACCAGGGCCAAUUGCCCAUUGUCAUUUUUCCAAGUAAUGGUGUUGUGGAGUCCAAGUCAUCAGUGAUUGUUAAAGUUGAAUUGUGUGCAGACCAGCCCAGUAUUGUAAAUGAAGUGGCAAAAGUAAGUUUGCAAGGUCGUCCAGAUAUGCUCCUGAGGGUCAAAGCUCAUGUGGUUGAGCAGAUUAUUGAAUUGCUAAACAUGAGUGGUGACAAGAAGUUGGAAUGCAUACACUUUGGUUCUGUUUUCUUCGGAACUUCAAAAAUUGAACAUGCACUUCUGUACAAUAAUAACCCAGAACCCAUAAAUUGGGUGGCCAUAAUACAGGAUGAUUCAGUUGGAGAAGAACUGGGUACUAAUAUUCAACAAAGAACAGAUGUUGCUUUAAAUAAUCUCCCUUACUUAAGCCGAUUAAAGAACAUAGAUGUUACCACUUUUAUCUCCUGUAUUCCUAAUGAAGGGAGGUUGCUACCUUAUCAAAAGACCAUAAUUACAUUUUGUUUCAGCCCAAAGCUAAUUAUUGAUGGUAAAAAGAAUUACGAUCCUUCACAUAGGCAAGACUAUGCUCUUUUUUUGAGAUUUGAGUCUGUGGGAAGUAAAGAUGGAUUUCUGAGAGAUGAUAACAAUAAAACCAUCAAAAGUGAUCGAUUUCGGAAAGUGGAAUUAGCACUGACGGGCUCAGGACUUCCUGUCGUUCUACACUUUGAUCCUGGAAAUUUCCUUAAUUUUGCACCUUGUUUUAUGGGUGAACGUUCAGAGAUGGUGUGUAUUAUGCAAAAUCGAUCCAAGUCACUUUCCGUGACGUACCGCUUUAAAAAAACUGCACAUUUUAAAAUUGAUCCUGAAAGGGGCAAGAUUGAUGAAGGAUGUAUCCAGAAUGUGAUCUGUUCAUUCAUUCCACAUCAAGUAGGAGUCUUUAAAGUGAAGCAAUUGAUAGAGAUUAUUGGCUCAGUGGCAGAUGAAAAUUUUCAGUCUACAUCUCUGAAACCUUUUCAUCAAAUAUAUUUAUAUUUCAAGAGUGUCUGCAAACCUUCCACCAAGAAAGUUGUGGUGAAAGUUAAUCCUGGUAUAUCCCCUUUGGUCAGUAAUCCAACGGGACAGUUUGUGGUCAGAGACUUGCCAAAAUACAAGGACUGUGCGCCUGUUGCAAUGCUUCAAUCAACCAUGACACACCUUCACAAUCAUCACCUAAGUAAAGAGUCACCGAAGGAUGCACUGAUAGCUUUUCCCAAUGAUCGAGCUGCAAGUAUCAGGUCUGGAGACCAGGAUAAACAUUUCAGGACGAUUUUCACAAAGAUUCCAAGAUAUAACUAUGUGGAUCCUGAUUUUGCGUACACUAAAUUGGAAAGAAUUGGAAAGCAAGAACAUGAAAACUAUUAUGAAAGAUAUAUUAAACAUUUAAGAAAUGUGCGCAUGCAGAAACAGGCAGAGAGGGAAUGUAUGGAUUCAUAUAACAAUACAGACAUAGGAUUACAGCCAGCAUCAGGUCUAAAGUCACCUUCGCUCUCAGAAACGGAAAUAGAAGAGGAAUUAUCUCCAGCACGGCGUCGGAUCAAACAUAACCAGUUGCUAAAUACUAGGAAUAUAGCAUCCAAGGAGACAAAGGCUCUGAAAACAAAGGUUCUCAAAGGACUUAAAUCAGACCCAUCCACACCCCAUGAGAAACAUGACUGCAGCUUAAUUUUGACACCAAAGCAAAUUCAUCAAGUAAUUGUUGGGCCCUCUGUCCUUAAUUUUGGUGAUAUUUGCGUGAACUCCACAAAUACUCGUCUACUGCAUGUUGUUAAUAUGCUACCUAUGCAUAUUUUGAUCCAGCUAGAUAUUAAUUUGAAAGAACUUCAGAAAACCAACCAGUUUUCAUAUGUGAUUCCACCUACAGCUAGUACUUACAUUUCAAUGGUAUUUGAAUCUCCCACCAUUGGAAAAUUUUGGAAGUCAUUCACCUUUACAGUGAACAAUAUACCUGGUGGGCAUAUCCUAGUGAUGGCCGUUGUCAUGCCAGUAGAACUGGAGCUAUCUUCUAAAGAGCUAGUUUUGAGACAACACGGCUUCUCGGUGAAAACAUGUUUUAUGGGGACAGUUGGUUUGUAUAACCAUCAGAAUUAUUUUGCCAAAUUUGAAUGGCAACCAGUAAACACAGAAAGAGGAAUGGCAUUUUCCAUUCGUCCAGCUAAAGGCACUGUUGAACCAUAUUCCUCCUUGCAAUGUGAAGUAACAUGGCAGCCAGGUUUCAAUUCUCCGGAAAGGGGAGAAUUUGUUCUUCACGUCAAUGAAGGAAACACGAUGACCCUAAAAUGUGUUGCACAAGUAAUGAUUUCCAUUGGAUAUGAUUUUUAUUUUGAAGACUCUAAAUUGGUUGGGCAUAUAUAUGUGUGUAUAGUUAGGGGCGUAUUUAACUUCAGUGGUACCUAUGUUGGCGCUACUCAGAUUAUUCCAUUUAUAAUAAAAAACAAAGGUAUAACACGUGCCAGAGUGGAAUUUAAUCUACAAGACUUUGAAUGUUUUUCUCUGGACUUCCAACGUAAAUUAGGGCAUUUCACAGACCCUGCAUUUCCUGACAUAUAUUCUCUGGAGGUAGAGGAAGGGACAUCUCUGGAAUGUGGCAUAGCAUUUUCUCCCAAAGAAGUGGCAAGGUAUGACUUUUGCAUUCAAGUUCAAAUUAAUUUCUUUGAGGCUUCAAAACUUUACACUAAAUGUUGUUUGUCAAAAUCUCCUAUGAUUCCGAAGACACCACUUAUUCGACCAUGCUAUGUUCAAGCUACUGUAUUGGAAGCACCAUUGAGAUUAUCCAGCACAGAUUUUACAUUUGAAAUCCCAUUGUAUACUAUGGAUCCUAAUAACAAAGUCACAAAAACUCAGGAUCUUGUCUUACAUAAUACUUCAAAACAAGAUGUGAAAUGGACUUUGGAUAUUAGUAAUACUGGCAAACUUUUCAAAGAUGGCACAUUCAAGAUUAGUGUGCUGAGUGGGAUUCUGCAACCACAUAAUGAAAUUAAUGUUUCCAUAAGUUUCUGUCCAAACAUAAAAGAGAAGCUCUAUACAGAAAUACAGAUGGUGGCUUUAGCUGGACUGGCUCUCCUGCUACUUCUUUCAGAACCAGAUAUAGAAACUGAGAGGAAAUAUGCAGAAAUACAUAAUGAAAUACAAUUACUUUUACAGAAUAAACUUCAGAAUGGGGAGAAUAUAGAUUCCACUUUAGAUGCCCAGAUUCCCACAGUGAGCCUUCUUGAUGGUGAUGAGGCUCAACCUCUUUCUGUAACGUUUCCAAAAGGCUGUGUCAUCACAGGGUCUUCCAGUGGAAUAAAUGCUCAGCUCACCUGCCACCUCAGCUUUAAAUCAUCUAAACCUGUGUCAUUUUUCACCGAUAUUCUUUUCUGUGAUAACAGAGAUAACUGGUUUUUGCUUCCAGUUACAGGAACAGCAGAAAACUGUCUUCUUACUAUUUACCCAUAUAUGGCAACUCAUCUUGAUAAACAAACAAUUAUUUUAAAGGAAGAUAAGAGUGACAUUUCUGUGAAGAGUGGAGAAAAUGUGUUGCUUCCCUACCAAGAAGAUGGUUUACUCUCUUCUACUUUGACUAAACGUAAUGAUGCUGAGCCUGCAAAGAAAAAAUUAUUUGUUGGAAUCGAAAUAAUACCUGAAAGAUUGAACUCGGGCAAAAGUAAAACCUCAAAGGAAAACAAAGAUAAAUCUAUGAAAAAGGAGGAGAAAAAUGAGCACUUCUUUUCUCUUGAAGAAGGAACAAAGGCAUAUGACUUCUUUGAAAAGGUUGUACACGCUGCUCAGACCUGGUUCAGUCUCUUUGGCUGGCCUGAAGGACCCCAUUCUCUUUCUAUUCCAGAAACUAUAAGAAGGGAGGUGUAUAAAAUGCAAUUUUACUCAUCAGCCUCGCCAUCCCAAAAACUUUCCAGACUGAAUGACUUUUCCAAAUAUAAUAAGACCAUUUAUGAUGUGAUACUACACUUGAGUGGAAAACGGCCACCUGGAAUUCAUUCAAGUCAGUCUUUACCUGUGGAUUAUACUGAAAGGGUGAUUCAACUUCAUUUUCAACAUUCUUCACUUCUUGACUUUCUCAACGCUCAAGGAGCAUGUAUUUCUCAUGUGCUGCCAGAAUUUCUGCUUGAACCAGAAGAUUAUAAAAAGUGGCUUGAAAUUACAGUAACACUAAAUACCUUGCCUGUGUGUUCCUGUGCGCCUAAGGAAAAACCUUCUAUUGUUAUAGAGAUGACUCAGUUUGAAGCCUGGAGUAAAGGGGCAUGGACAGAUGUAUUCCUUCAGAUAUACAAGGUUCUGGUACUAUCCCGGGUUGUACCACACUGCAGCAGUAAUCUGCCCCCCAUUCAUGUGCAAAAUUCACCAAAGGUCAAUCCUUGUUUUGUAUCCAGCAACAUAUAUUCGAGUUCUGAAAGGAUUCUGCUUAAUUGGAUGAACACAAAUUAUGAGAAUGCCCGACAUAUUAUAUGGAAGAACUGUCCCAAUGGAGUUAUUCCCUCUGAGAGAUGGAUAGUAAAUUUUGACCAGGACCUUUUAGAUGGCCUUGUUUUUGCAACACAAUUGGGAGCCUAUUGUCCAUUUUUGAUUGAGUCACAUCUUAUAAAUAUGUAUACACAACCAAAAAGUUCUGAACAGUAUCUGCACAACUGCCUGAUCAUUGUGAAUGUACUUCGUGAAAUUGGCUUUGACAUUGACAUACAGGCCACUGACAUCUGUGAUCCUAACCCAAUCCUGAUGCUCAUGCUUUGUGUCUACAUGUAUGAAAGGCUCCCUGCGUAUCUCCCCAAGAAGGUGGUGCCCUUUUAUUGUGCUCUACAUGACACUGUGCUAAGACAGAUUCCACUGAAAAAUUCAAGCUUGAAAAACUUGGUGUAUAAUGCUAUAAUUGUUGGGAAAGAUGCUGCUGACUUCUCCCUUUCCCAAACUGGGAACAUUGUGACAAUAUCUUCAAAAAACGAAAUCAGUAUCACUGUGAAAUUCACCAGUCGCUUCCUUCAUCCUGCUGAAGCUUCACUGUUAUUGAUUUCAAAACCUAAGCAUGGGAUAGGAGGCACUACAACGACUUUUGCUCUUAAGGGUGAAGUCCUCAACUUUAAGGCCAUUGAAAUUAUAAAUUGUAAAUCCCCAUGUUACACAUGGAAAGAAAUCACUGUAAAGGUUAAAAAUCCCUUCCAUUCUGCUGGGGACUUCAGUGUCACAUUGGUGGAAUCCUCAACAUUUAUCUCUUUGCCAUCUCAAUUAACUGAAUCUGGACAACUCAUUAACCACAAGAACAGUGGGGAUGCUGGGAGUAGCCCUGAAAGUGGUGAUGUUGAGAGUUGUUGGCAUUUCUCAAACGCCUUAAAAACCUCAAUUAAGUCCACUUUCAUCAGAGAAUUCUUCUGCUCCACUCAUACUCUUCACCUGGGAGUGAAGAGGACUUCAAGCCUGGAGCUCCUGUUUCUUCCCUUUGACAUACACACGCGCUACUGUGUCAUCAUCCUCAGAAACAAAGCGGAGGAAAAAAGUGCAUCAUCUGUCCUCCAUUCUCACCUCAAUCUUCGUCAGCCCCAGGAGGGCGAUGGCCACGCGAACACUACUGCUCUCCAGAGUGCCUGUGAUCAACCGUCGCUCAUACUCUAUAUCCGACAUCUGCUGCUGUGCUGCAAAAGCCAAGGCCUUCUCCUUGGCUUCAUUAGUCAGUGGCAACUUAAGACUUGUGUUCUCUUUACUACCUCAAAGUUGAAGAAGCCUAAGUCCAUUUCAUACACAGCAGAACUGAGCCUUCCAGAACAUUUUGAUAUCCCCAAGAAAAUCUACAUUCCUCAGAUUCCAGAAACUCAAACUAAAUUGACUCAGCCUCAAGGAAUUCAACCUGCAAAUAAAACAGUUGCAGAUGGAUCCGUUCUAGUUCCUUUACGAUUUGUUCCUCUCAGUGCUGGACGCUACCCUUGUAAAAUUUUGUUGACAUCACGGUAUGAUGUGCGUGUCUAUUGCAUUGAAGGUAUAGUAAAUAGAGAAGAACCAGAGGCCAGGUUUGAAUUUGAAACGCCAGCAUUUGAAGCCCAUACCCAGAAUAUUCCAGUGAAUAACAAAACAAAGAAUGAAUGGAAAUGUCAAGUUACUAUAGAAGGAGAAUGGUUUUAUGGACCUUCUGUUUUAUAUGUUGGAGCAGGUGAAACUGUGCAGUAUCCUCUCACAUUCAGACCUAUUUUGGAAUGUGAGAUUAUGGGCAGACUUAUUGUGCAAAAUGAAGCAGAUGGUAUGGAGUAUGUCUUUGACAUAAAAGGGAUUGGAAAAAGACCGCUGGCCUUGGAACACAUCAUUAUAAACUGUCAAGUAGGAGAAAUGACAAAUAAACCCAUAAUGGUGCCCAAUCAUACAAAGACCAUCCAAACAUUUAAGGUAUCUUCAGAUCUUCCAAUGGUGUGGGGAAAUCCAGUCAUCACCAUAGAGCCUGAUAGCACAAUUCCAUAUAUUCUACACGUUAUGCCUUGGAAACGUGGUAUAUUCAAAGGUGCAAUCUCAUUUUCUGUUAAAAGAAGACAAGAGGAUGAAUCUCAGGAAGAACCAGAUCAAGAUGAUAAUCAAGUACCCUCCUUUCAGAAAUCCUUAUCACAACCAUUCCCCCAAAACAAUGAUGAGGACUCAGAUGAUGGUGCUAGCAAUGUCCGAGUCUGGUACAGUCUUGAGAUCCAUAGCUCUCCGGGACCACCAGUAGACAUUAUUGAAAUCAAGUGCUUUGCUCUGGAGAGCAUUUGCAUUGAAAUACCUCUCUCUAAUCCAAAAAAGAGAAUUAUUCACUUAGAUGUGCAGUUAUCAAAUGCUGCUCUUAAUGGACUCAAGAAACUUCAGCUGAAUCCACUAGAAUGUACUAAGUAUGUGGCACAGUAUUCUCCAGCAACUCUGGGCUGUAGAGAUGAAAGCAUUGUUUUUCAACCUAAUGUGGCUCUGGAGUUUUGGUAUUUACUGAGAUUAACUACUGAAUUACCGAAACCAACCACAAUACCAGAAGUACAAUGUGACCUUGGCAAGUGCAUGGCUCAGAUGAUUUCUUUAGUUAAUCCCACACACGAAACCUUAGAAUUGCAAGCAACAAACAGUAAUCCUGAAAAUUUUGUCUUGGAUGUUCACAGAUCGACUCAACUGACCAUACCUCCUCACUCCACCAAAGAGGUAUCUGUUCAUUUCUGUCCUUCUGCUCUUGGAAGAACUGGUCAUCAAGCUUCUAUCAUCUUCCACUGUGCUCAGUUUACAGAAUGGAGAUUCUUCCUCUCUGGAAUAGGACUAUUCCCCCAGCCUAUAGACAUAAAAAGAAUAACCGCAUACCUCAGUCUUCAAUCAUCUGUUGUUAUAACUUUCCAAAAUCCCACCAAGGAAGAUGUUCUAAUCGAUAUCAUACUAACAAGUCGGGAAAAGCCCAGGCAUCUCAUCCUUGACCAUCACUGGGAUAAGUUCUUCAGGCAGACUUCUGCUUUCAGUUUUAGUGGCCUGAGUCACACAAAAGGAAUCACAUUGCCUCCUAAAGAGAAUAUAGAUAUCCCAGUGUUAUUUAUGCCCAACACUAUGAAAUUACACAGAACAAUGGUCAUUGUUCAAAUGAUGAGGGCAAAUAGAGAAAGUUGGCCUAUUGACAAUUUUGAAGAAUUAGACACAGAAAUGAAAAGAACAAUGGGAACAGCAAGUAGAGAAAUCCCAGAAAUACACUGGAUAUACCCUAUUCUUGGACUCCCACAGGCACUAUAUCCUAAAUGCCCUCCAGUUGUUAUAAAAUGUCAGUCCAGGAAGCGGGUAGAAGAGGAAGUGGAAGUCACGCUGACUGGUGAUUUUUUUGGAGAAAAUCCUAUCGUAGAUUCAACAGAUUUUGUAGUGAUUCCAAAAAGAAAUUCAUGUAAAUUUGACGAAGACGUGGAUGAUAUGUCUAUAAAACGUGAAUUUGAAUAUGAAAUUCAAUUUGAAUCUGACGUUGUGAAGUCUAACUUGGAAUCCUGCAUGGCUUUGUAUUUGAUCAAAAAAUCUUUUAAUGUUAUGACUAAAGUGAUAACAUUGGUCUUCAAUUUGAUAUUUGCACCAAAGAAACCAUUGAGGACUCAAAUUACUCUGAAAAUAGAGUGCAUAACAGAUGGGAUCUGGAAGUUUCCCAUAACAUUGGUUGGUACUGAGCCUGAUGUGGAUGAUGUCAUUGAUAUUGAAGGGGUUGGUUUAUUUAAGGAAUCUAUUGUCAACUUCAGGCUGACAAGUCAGACGAGAAAUCCUGAGCCAUUCACUGCAUACUUCCUACCUGGCAGUGAUCCUGCGUUUUUUGUAAAACCUAAGGUUGGAAAACUUCUUCCUUUUGACACUGAAGGAACUCUCAUCAUUGUGGGUUUUAAACCCCAAAUGUACAGUAAGAAGUACAAAGCAACAUUAGCAAUACAGACACCGGACAUGUACUGGUUGUAUGACAUCAAUGGGUUACCUCAAGUUACCAAGCCACCGAUGAAUGUCAAAGCCAAAGUUGACACUACUAACAAGAUGUUUGAUAGACGGCCAGUUGGUCAGCACAAUUUUAUCCGUGAAAAUGCUAAACUCAUAAGGACAGGGGUGUCCUCUACCAUCAAGGGUGCGCCUUUGAUGUUGAAGAAUAAAUAA